GCGAGGCUUGACACGCACCGCGUCAUACGAGUGCGCCGUAAUUGCUGCAGUGCUUUACCCUCGUUUAAAGGGUGAUCCCCAGAGAAGCAGUUUCCCUGGUGACAAGAAUCCCGCAGUGUGCGGGCCAGGUAAAAUGGGUGGAUCUACAUCAGUACCGUCAGCCUCUUCUUCCAAGCCACAGUCCCAACCUGUAACUGAACAUCCUCAGACUUCUUCAGUAUCUCCCCCACCAGGAUGCCCCAUGCACCAGAAGAAAGCGGAAGGAUGCCCUAUAAAUAUAGAGUCUGCACAAAACGCUGAAAACCAAGGCUGCUCUGUACCCACACAUCAAGAAAGGGCGUAUGAAUUUGUUGAAUGUCCAGUGAAAUCAAGAAAUCAAGAUGAAAUUGAUCCUAGCAAUAUGAUGCCUCCUCCAAAUCAGAUCCCAGCCCCGGAUCAGCCAUUCACCUUGUCCCUGAAAAGAGAAGAAUCCACAAUUCCUCGAGCCAAAUCUGAUAAAAACUGGGUAUAUCCAUCUGAACAAAUGUUCUGGAAUGCAAUGCUGAGAAAGGGAUGGAGAUGGAAAGAAGAGGAUAUUAAACCUGAAGAUAUGGAUAAUAUAAUUAAGAUUCACAACCAGAACAACGAACAGGCCUGGCAGGAAAUUCUGAAGUGGGAAGCUCUCCACGCCAAGGAAUGUCCUUGUGGGCCAACACUGGUCCGUUUUGGCGGUAACGCAAAGGAAUUUUCACCUAGAGCCAGAGUCCGUUCUUGGAUGGGAUAUGAACUUCCGUUUGAUCGUCAUGAUUGGAUUGUAGAUCGUUGUGGAAAAGAAGUCCGAUAUGUUAUUGAUUAUUAUGACGGAGGUGAAGUAGAUCAGAACUAUAAGUUUACUAUUUUAGACGUUCGUCCUGCUUUUGACUCUAUCAAUGCUGUCUGGGACCGAAUGAAAGUCUCAUAUUGGCGCUGGACAUCGUAACCCGACAUAUAAAGAGGGAUGUGGUCUAUUAGCACCUUUCGAAAAUCUGAUGUUAAAUGUCAGAACAGUUCUGCCAGAAUUUACAUUACUAAACUGACAUCUGCAACUGAAAUCUGGAUUGAAUGUGGAAUUUGCCGUUCACAGCUGUUACAGUAUUUUAAAAAGCUAUUUAUAUAUAAAAAGGGCUUUUUGAAAAUAAAAAUUGUAAAAUAAAAUAUUAUUUCGUUU